AACGACGCCGCGUACCGCCACCCAAACCCCAAUUCUUCAAAACGAUGUCCUCGACCUUCCGCGCUGCCGCUCGGGCACCAAUCUCCACUCGGACCUUUGCACGCAGCUUUUCGUCGACUCGCCCCUCGCAACUGGCGCGCAUGACGGUUGUUGGCCGUCUUGGUGUUGCACCAGAGGAGGUUACCGUUUCCGGCGACCGGACAUUGGUUAGAUAUGUAGUUGGCACAAACUACGGCAAGGGCGAGGAGAAGAAGACGAGCUGGUUCAGGGUUGCGAGCUUUGUGCAAGGUGCGCAAAAGGACUUCCUGAUGAGCGUGCCCAAGGGAUCUCUCCUCUAUGUCGACGCCGACGCACGCAUGGAGACUUACACAGACAACGAGGGCAACAAGAAGAGCAACUUGAGCUUGGUCGCUCGCAACUUUGAAGUUUUGUCUCGUGCCCGCACCGAAGAACUUGAUGCCAACGACGAGGGUCUCGUUCAGGAGGCAUCCGGCUAAAUGCCGAAGGCCUGAUAAGCCAAGCCCUCAUCGAGGAAAAGUCGUAUAACUGCAGGUCUUCAGUACAUAGCAGAACAGGGUGGCGAUAAGGUUGGCAACAGGGAAAGUCAGAGUCACCCAUGCCUCAGCGCGGCGCGGCGCAUUUCCUUUGCGAGUUUGAUAUGCGAAGUCUGGGUGUAUAACUAUCCCCUCCGAGUUUACAUGGGACCAUUCCUACUCUAGGCGCAGCUCUGGACGGGAUAAUUAGUCAAUGAUACCUUUUCUUUUGGUUGCCUUGGUUGAACAUUCAAACCUUAGCAAUGUGCAGUAGUCAGCCAUGCCAUGUGUAGGAGAAUAUAUCUUAGGCUACCCA